AUGGCGUGGUAUUGUACCGGAUCCACCAACAAUGAAUUGAUCGAGAACCUAUUUAAAGCUGGUUUGAUUCAGAAUGAGCGCGUCAAAGAAGCCAUGAUAGGAGUUGAUCGAGCCCACUAUGCACCAUCACGGCCUUACUCGGACUCACCUCAGCCUAUCGGCCAUGGAGCGACUAUCUCUGCCCCCCACAUGCAUGGUCAUGCCUGUGAAUAUCUCAUUAAAUACUUGCAGCCUGGAUCCCGAGUCUUGGAUAUCGGAUCAGGCUCAGGAUACCUCACCCAUGUCCUAGCCAACCUGGUAACCGGCGCGCCCGGCUCACAAGAACAGGGCCAGGUUAUUGGUAUCGACCAUAUCCCGGAAUUGGUGGCACUAGCUCAAUCCAACAUGAAUAAAUCUGAACAGGGCCGGGAGCUCCAGGUCUCGGGCCAGGUGAAACUGAUCACGGCAGACGGACGUCUGGGCUGGAAAGAAAAUGCACCAUAUGAUGCUAUUCAUGUUGGGGCGGCAGCAGAGAAACUCCACCCUGUUUUGAUUGAGCAGCUGCGAGCUCCCGGUAGACUCUUUAUUCCGGUGGAGUCGGAGAGUAAUGGAAGCACGCUCGAAGCUGGGGGAGGUCAGUACAUUUGGGUCGUUGACAAGCGCGCGGAUGGAUCGGUUCACAAAGAAAAAGUUUUCCAGGUCAGCUAUGUGCCCUUGACUGAUGCACCUCAGCCAUGA